AUGGUGAAGGCUCAAAAUGAUAUGAUGGAAAAUCUGACUAAUUUGAUACGAGGAAAUAGUAUAAUUCGAAAAGAGACUUCAGUUAUUGGUCCUGCUGUUGAGGAGUAUGUGUAUCCCCCAGGUUCUGAACCACGGGCUGACAUUGGAAAAGCCCCAGUUGUUGGUUCUUCUGUAGAACCAUUGUAUUCCCCUGGCUUUACACCAUUGCAUGUCCGAAAUUUUGCUGAUAUUGUUACGGUAGGAGAAAUGAUAGAAAUGACAAUCAGAAACGGGAAACUAGAUGGGGGAGAAUCUAGCCGAAAGCCUCCAACGAGAAGAAAAGAUAAUAAGAUCAUGUAUGAAAAACAUGUGGUUUUCCCAUACCACACUUCUCCAAUUCAGCCUCCUUACCCAAAAUGGUAUGAUGUCAACGCUCAAUGCGAGUAUCAUGCGGGGGCAUCGGGGCAUUCAAUUAAAAAUUGCUUGGCCUUUAAGAAGUUGGUGCAGAGAUUAAAACAAAUAAAUGUCAUCAACUUCGGUGACAAUGAGCAGCCCAAUGUGGCUCAAAACCCACUUUCGAACCAUACAGGGACAAGGGUUAAUAUUGUUAUUGAGGAAAAAGGGAAUGGAGUCAUAACCAAAGUUAGUGAAGUGAAGUCACCCAUACAUAAGAUAUGGGAACAAAUGGUCAAAGUAAGUUGGUUGAUCUCUAAUGCUAAUGAGAAUAAGCACGCUCUCCCCUAUCACUGUUACGAGGAUCAUAUUAUUCAAGACUGUAAUGAGUUGAAGGCCUUGGUUCAAGGGAUGAUGGAUAGUAAAAACAUGGAAUUUUACCAUGAAGCUACGAAAGAGAAAGGGAUAGAGAUUUGCGCUUCUGAAGGCACAUUCAAGGGAGUUUAUAAUACUAACUGCCCUUUGGUCAUUACACCACAAGCCAGAAUUAUGGAAAGGGUAAUCCCUAAAGUGAUGAUCACACCUCCAUCUUCCUUUCCUUAUAAGGACAAUAAGCAGGUCCCUUGGAGGUAUGGAUGCCAGCUAGAGAAUGUUGAAAGUUCAGAGGCUGCUAAGGAAGAUGUGGAUGAGGAUGAUAAGCUGGCAAUUAAUGAGCCUGUAACCGAGAAUGAGGCUAUAGAGUUUUUAAAAUUAUUAAAACAUAACGAGUACAGCGUUGUCGAGCAAUUACACAAAUUGCUAGCUCGUGUCUCAAUCUUGGCUUUGCUAUUAAGCUUCGAAGCACAUCAAAGUGCCCUGUUGAAAGUCUUUAAUCAAACUUUUGUACCAAAAAAUGUGCCAGUAGAAAAGAUAGAUCGAUUGGUCACAAAUAUUCAGGCAGAUAAUUUCCUUUCUUUCUCUGAUGAUGAGAUCCCGUCCGGGAUAAUGGGUAACCCCAAAGCUCUACACAUCACCGUUAGAUGCAAGGGUCAUGUGUUAUCAAGGGUGUUAAUUGAUAAUGGCUCAGCUUUGAAUGUUAUGCCGCUAGUUACUCUAAAAAGCUACCAGUUGACAGUACGCACAUGA